GGGUACCACAUACACGCCUCUUCCUUUUCUCAUCUGCAGCCCUACCCACCCCUUCACCGAGAACUUGCUUUUUUCGCUACUUUGUUGAGCGGUGUUGAAUGAGGACCAAAUUGCACUGUGUAACAUCAAUUAAGGAAUAAAAGACAGACGCGUCUGGAAAAGUCACCCGAGCAAACAUCUUUCAACACCACUUCUGGCCUUUAAAUUAACUACUACGCCACUGUGUAAAAAUGACAGCAAAGCACCGAGGGAAGAAGAACAAACACAAUCACGAAGAUUUUAACAAUUUUAAUCAUGAAUCUUCGGAACCGGAGGCGCGAGGUGGAAACCAGUAUGCACUUUUGUUCAUUUUAUUCCUUCUGAUUGUGGUCGGAGGUGCAACGGCGACAUGGUUCUGUUUCCAGCAACACCAAAGUAUAACCUACUUAGCAGACAACCUCAUGGGCAUGCAGAUGAAGAUAGUGAAGCUUCAGUCCUUCCAGGAAGAAAUUCUACAGACAAAUGAAAAGGUAAAUAGCCUAGUUAACCAUGCGUAAUAACAACAUGGGCAAAAAUAAUAGGCACGUCAAAGGCUGUUACCAUGCAUCAGCAAACAUAUCAAAGGAACAUUGUGUACAAGGUAAUUUGUGGUGAAGUCCUGUGUUGCAAUACUGUUCCGACCUUCCUCAUUUAUUCUGCACUAGGUGACAUAUAUUUACUAUUUUCCUAUGGAUAGCCAGAGCCCUAAAGGCCCCCAAAUGUGAGCUUCACAUUUUAUUUAUAUGGACAGCUCUAGCAGUCGGUAUUUAUAGGUCUUCACUACAGUAGUCAGUAAAAGGUCAUGAUAGUUGUGAAGUCAUAUCAAAUGUCAUACUGCAAAGACACUGAACUGAAGUGAGUCGCAAUUAUCCUAUUUCUAACCCCGGUCAAGGUGGGCUUCACGCAGCUGUUGGCAUUUGUAAUGGCGUUUGACCUACAAUUUGGGAACAUUCACUGCACCAAUAGUUUAUGUUAGGGUAAGCCACUGAAUGUCCCUACAAUAUAGGCAUAGUAAAAUGAGAUUUAUAAACACAUUUGACAAAUAUUCCACUUCCAAUUCAACUACAUUUUACAGCAGUUGACCCUGCUUGUAACCAUGCUCUUGACACGGUCAUGGUGCUGAUUUCAGUGUGCACUGUGCAGUUGCUAAAAGAAGCCAGUUGUCUACAUGGGAAUAGAAAUAGCCUGCUACAAUGCUCUAUAUUGACCUUAGUUGUGGUGAGUCCCUGUAACAAGUUAUCCUAGUGCAAGUUGCCAGCUUCAUUGCACUGUUUCCACAGCUGGUCUUUAAUCAUACAUAUAAGCAUGUUCUAUAGAUUAAACCGAUUCAGACGUGGCCACCCGGGUGAGUGUGCCCAAAACAUUGAUUAAAUAAGAGCCAAGGAAAAUUAAUAGACUAAUUGAACCCUUUUAUGGGCUCAAUUUACUUCCCAAUUAGGAUGAGGAGGUAUAAUCACUAUCUGCACAUUCUUAAUGCAUGUUCCAAGUGGGUUAAGCAUACCAGGAUACCCUGCAUCAAUGAAAAGUUACUUUGUUGUCAAAACAUGGCCCCACCUACAGGUAUUACAUCUAAUUCAUACAGACAGUCGCGAGAUAAGAAACCUCCAUUCAGAAGUUUGUUGAAGUUCUUUUACAGGACAAAAGGUUGACUGCCAACACCUGGUUGCAGGGCUGAAUACAGGCAUAUGAUUUUCCACAUAAAGAUCCUAUGGUUUUAACAUGUUUUAACAUUGACCUCCACAUACAGUGCAUUCGGAAAGUAUUCAUACCCCUUCCCUUUUUGUUACGUUACAGCCUUAUUCUAAUAUGGAUUAAAUAGUUUUUUCCCCUCAUCAAUCUACACACAAUACCCCAUAAUGACAAUGCAAAAAACAGGUUUUUAAAAAUGUUAGUACAUUUAUUCCACAAAAAAAAACAGAAGUAUCACAUUUAUAUAAGUGUUCAGACCCUUUACUCAGUACUUUGUUGAAGCACCUUUGGCAGCGAUUACAGCCUCGAGUCUUCUUGGGUAUGACGCUAAGCUUGGCACACCUGUAUUUGGGGAGUUUCUCCCAUUUCUUCUCUGCAGAUCCUCUCAAGCUCUGUCAGGUUGGAUGGGGAGUGUCGCUGCACAGCUAUUUUCAGGUCUCUCCAGAGAUGUUUGAUCGGGUUCAAGUCCGGCCUCUGGCUGGGCCACUCAAGGACAUUCAGAGACUUGUCCCGAAGCCACCCCUGCGUUGUCUUGGCUGUGUGCUUAGGGUCGUUGUCUUGUUGGAAGGUGAACCUUUGCUCCAGUCUGAGGUCCUGAGCGCUCUGGAGCAGGAUCUCUCUGUACUUUGCUCCGUUCAUCUUUCCCUCGAUCGUGACUAGUCGCCCAGUCCCUGCUGCUGAAAAACAUCCCCACAGCAUGAUUAUGCCACCACCAUGCUUCACCGUAGGGAUGGUGUCAGGUUUCCUCCAGACGUGACGCUUGGCAUUCAGGCCAAAGAGUUCAAUCUUGGUUUCAUCAGACCAGAAAAUCUUGUUUCUCAUGGUCUGAGAGUCCUUUAGGUGCCUUUUGGCAAACUCCAAGCGGGCUGUCAUGUGCCAUUUACUGAGGAGUGGCUUCCAUCUUGCCACUCUACCAUAAAGGCCUGAUUGGUGGAAUGCUGCAGAGAUGGUUGUCCUUCAGGAAGGUUCUCCCAUCUCCUCCACAGAGUAACUCUGGAGCUCUGUCAGAGUGACCAUUGGUUUUUGGUCACCUCCCUGACCAAGGCCCUUUUCCCCCCGAUUGCUCAGUUUGUCUAAAAACAUGUUUUUGCUUUGUCCAUUUUGGGGUAUUGUGUGUGGAUUGAUGAGGGAAAAUGUUUAUUUAAUCAAUUUUAGAAUAAGGCUGUAUCGUAACAAAGUGGAAAAAGGGAAGGGGUCUGAAUACUUUCCGAAUGCACUGUAUAUAUAAAAAAAGAAGAAACUCUCAAGAGGUAGGGCUUCAGGUGCUUUCGGAAGAUUGGCAGGGACUCUGCUGUUCUAGCUUCAGGGGGAAGCUGGUUCCACCAUUGGGGUGCCAGGACAGAGAAGAGCUUGGACUGGGCUGAGCGGGAGCUGGGAGGGCCAAGAAACCAGAGUUGGCAGAACGGAGUGCUCGGGUUGGGGUGUAGGAUUUGAGCAUAGCCUGAAGGUAGGGAGGGGCAGUUCCUCUUGCUGCUCCGUAGGCAAGCACCAUGGUCUUGUAGUGGAUGUGAACUUUGACUGGAAGCCAGUGGACUGUGUGGGGUUACAUGGGAGAACUUGGAAGGUUCAAAACCAGGCAGGCUGCAGCGUUCUGGAUAAGUUGCAGGGGUUUGAUGGCACAAGUGGGGAGUUCAGCCAACAGCGAGUUGCAGUAGUCCAGACGGGAAGGGAGGGAGAGAAAAGUAGUUGAGUAUCAUCCUCAUAGCAAUGAUAGGAGAGACCAUAUGAGGAUAUGACAGAGAGCCUCCGUGACACAGAGGAGCAGUCUCGGUUGAGUGACCCAUCUUGAAGCCUGACUGGUUAGGGUCAAGAAGAUGGCCAACCUUUGACCAUAAUUUAUAAGGUUAGCCUUCACACAGAGGGACUUCAUCACUGAUGGGGUCAGAAUGUGGAUUCACUUAACUGCUGACAUAAUUAAAUUGUCCUACUUAAAUCAUAGGGUUAUCCUACAGCCAUUGCAGUACCUGGUCAAUAUCUUGUUCUCAUUUCUUUACACCCACUUACUGGAACUGUCUUCGCCAAUAGAUAGUUCCCUUCAAGGAUGAAUAGCAUGAGUGGUAAAAGACUUGAUAAAUGUUGUCUGUUUCUGACUGCUCACUUACUUGCUUAUGGCUGCACAAUGCAUUGUAUGAUGGCUUGCCAUAAUUGUCUGUUCAUCAUGAAAGAAGCUGCCCUUUGUUUGGAGACCAGUGUCUGGGCAGAUGUUUUUCAAUAUGUUAUUUUGACUCUGAAUAAAUGAGGUUUAUUUCCUUGCAGCAGCUCAGUACCGACGGCUUCGAGCAUCGCCUCAACACCCUGGAAGAGUCAUACGCACUGGCCCAGAAGCAGGUAGGCAUGGCCCUGGCCAUGGCUGAACAACUGAAGACCUCAGACCUGCCCACCCAAGUCCUCUCUCUACACACAGAGAUGACGGCCCGGCUGGCAGAGAUGCAGCUGGGCACAGUGUCCGCUGAUCAGCUGACCCAGCUGCAGGCAAUGCUGAAAGGGAAGAGCGAGGAGUUUGAGGCUGUCCGGCUGCAGGUGGAGGGCCUGGAAGGGUUGAGCACAGAGCUGGCCCAGAACGUGGAGGGCCUGACAGGGAGCCUGGCAGAGGCUGAGUCCAAGCUGGAGGAGAGGGCAGGGCUGGUGGGCACACUGAGCGCCACAUUGGAGGGCCAGGCAUCAGAGCUCCUGGGGCUGAAGGAACAUCUCGCUGCCAACCAGGCUCAACUAGAGGCCAGUACAGCGGAGAUUGCAAGUGUCAAGUAUGUAGUGUAUUUGGGGUUGGUAAAUUCCUGAAACUUUCCCAAAGUUCACUUUAUUUGUAUUUAUUUUUAUCCCAGAAGCAGGAGGAAACCUGUGUUCUUUGGGGAAACUUUUUUUUAAACCUUAAAUAUAUUGGUUUCUAUUUCUGUAUUAGUUGGUUUCACUGUGCAUCUCACAGUGUGUGCAUACCUGUGUUUCAGGGAGCUGAUGGAGACGGGGCAGUUUCAGAGGGCCCAGCAGGCCAGUGUGGAGGAGAAGCUGGUGACUGUAGAACAGAGUCUGCAGGAGCAGAACUCAGCGGCCCACAGUCUGCACUCUGAGGUCCGCGCUCAGCUGGAGGCCGCGCAGAAACAGGUCGCCCAGGUAACGCCUACAGGAACUCUCACACAUGCCAGGGUUUAGAAUGUUGUGUUAGUAGGGAACUGGGUCACCCUCAAAUAUAGCCAAAAUAGUUUGUUUUACAUUUUUCUAAUAGGCCUUUCUUCCUUUUAUGAAUAUUGAAAUAUUUCUAAUAGUAUUUUCUUUUAAUGAAUAUUCGGAUGUACAGGUACAUCAGGACCAGUCACAGGUUAUUAUUUUUCUAAACUUUUUCAUAUUUUCUCAUCUUUCUCAUCAUCAUUUUUUUGGCGUAUUUUGUACAGAGGAGCAUGCACAUUCUCGUAACUAUUUUUGCCCUGCAUGUGUCCAUGGGGAACUUUUAUGUGAUUGCUGCUUAACCAUUAGUAUGUAGAGGCUAAUUGCCUGCUGUGGAUUCUCUGAUGAAUUCUGGGGAAAUGUUGUAUUGCCAUUCAUAUAUUGCAAUGUAGGCCAAAUACAUUACACCAAUGUGAUUACAAAGUCACCAUAGGCCCUGUACUUCCUCUAAGUACUAACUCACUAUAAUUCUGUCUAUUCCAGCUGGAAGGAGGGGUUCAAGCAGAUGAGCCCUCAGAGGAGGUGGAGGAGACUGUUCCGGCUGCUGCUGAGGAGGUGGAAGAGGCUGCUCCUACAGAAGAGGAGCAGGCUGCUGAGGAGGUGGUGGUGGAGGAGGAGGAGGCAGCUCACUUAGAUGGGGAGCCUGUUGAACAGGAGGACUCUGCUGUCCCAGAGGAACAGACUGCUCCUGCAGAGAAGGAGGAGGAGGAGAUGGUGGAAGAGCAGGAGGACUUGGCAGAGGCAGCACCGGAGGAGGUGCGGGCAGAAGAGAAUGUAGAAGAGCAGGCCGAAGAGGAGGAUUCUGAAGCGGAGGAGAAGCAGGCCGUGGAGGAAGAAGGGGAACAACCAGAAGAAGAUGGGGCCUCUCCUGAGGAGGAA